UUAGCUUCAUCGGUUAUUGGGUAUUCCUGAAGAGUCGAAUCUGGGCGAAACUCAAGUCGAAGAAGGCAAGGAUUCCGGUUUUUCAAUUCGACUUCUUGGAAUCUCAAGUUGAAGAGCUGGGCGAAACUCAACUCAACUCGAAGAGGUCCGAACUCGAACUCUUGGUUUAUCCAGGAUUACGAAAAUGUCAGAGGGGAAUGGAUGAGGAUAAUGAAGAGGGGUAUGGGCUCAGUAUGAAGAGUAAGGUAUGUCGGCAGAAGACCAUGCAUUUGUACCCGGAAUUGUUUAAGGAUGACGGAUUAAGUUAUGGAGGGGCUGUCAAAGGUAGAGCGGAGGUGAUGGCUGAACAUUCAAAGGCCAGAAGCCGGCCUCCUAACAUGAGUUGCCGCAUUGAGUCAUUUGGGCGCAUAUGUCAGAAAUUUGAUGACAGGAGAAGACGUUGGGUUUGUGAGAUGGGAUUUGGUAGUCUUUUACAUCUUGCUUUAGAUAUGCAUUUACCAAGACAAUUGGCAUACUGGGUGAUGACACGGAUGGAUCCAAUCAGUAAAAUACUUAGAAGUACCAACGGUGUUGAGUUUAGGUUUUUAAAGAAUCAGGUUCGGUGGGUACUAGGGAUACCAAUGGGUCCUAGGUUUGUUCCUUGUACUAAAACCAUGACCGCACGUGAUCAUGAAAAGGUUCAGAGAAUUUUUUUAAAGUAUGGUAAAUCGUGGGAGUCCAAGAAGUCUGUUGGACAAUCUGGUCAGGUAUACACGUCUGUAGGCAUACCAUUAAGUUCAGAUAUGAUGAAUCGGUUGGAGGGGUACUUUGAUGCUGGAGAGGAAGAGGAAUUCAAGACGUUGUUCUUGAUAAUUUCUUUGGAGAUGGUGUUGUGUCCCACGCAGAUCCCCCGGCUUGCGUCUGACCUACUACCUGCAGUAAGUUGUGCUAUGGAGGCAACUGAGUUUGAUUGGUGUUCUUUAGUGUUGUCGAAGUUGCUGGAGAGCCUUCAAAAGUUUGCUCGACGUUUCCAUGCUAACGGGUUUGCCAGUGGAUGCGGCGGGUGUGCAAUAUUUGCCGUAAUAUUUUACUUGGAUCGGUUGGAUAGGGAUCCUAUUGAAUGGGAUGUUUUUCCAGGAAUUAAAGUGUGGACUAUGCAGCAGAUUGGGAAGGCAGCAAAAUCAGACAAAUUGCUGUCCGACGACUACGGGAAACUAGGGCUAUUGGAUGUUGCUUAUGGUGAACACCACCCAAGGGAUGCAAGGGAUAGUGUUGGACCCCUACAAGCUGGAGUGAAUAAUGUGAGAUGCAUGAUUAACCACCAGUGCCUGGGUUUAACUUCAAGGCUAGGCAAAGGAGGGGCCGAAUUCCUGAGCUAACAGAUGAAUAAUUCGGAUAUUCUUAUUUGUAUUUCUAUUUGUAUUCUAAUGAUUUGGAUAUUAUUUGUAUUUGGAUAUUCUUAUUUUCAGUUUCGUUGAAUACUAUUCAGAUUAAUAUUAUUUUCAAUUGACAAAAUACUAUGUGGGAUUUAAAUAAGUAAAAUGAGACUCGACAACUCGUUUAAACUAUAAACGAAGCAAAGUUGUCAAUGUCUUUGUUCAAUAUGAAUCUCAAGGUCUUGAAUUCAGCUUCAAAACCUAAGGCGGAAUUCAAGGCUUUGAGAUUCAGUUCAAAACUUAAAAAACUUAAAUUUUAGGAGACUUACAAAAAUUGUAAAUAAAGCAGAUUAUAACUUUCAACCCACAAAGUGUACAAUAAUAAUCCAAUUUUAGGAGAGGAGAGACGCCUUCCUCGUCAGGAAAGAAGAUACAAGAAAGAAUAUUCGAAAGUAAGUAAGUAAGAUACAAAGAAAGAAGCGCAAUUCAAAAGUUCUCUCGAAUUCGUUCGCGAGGGAUAAUGGAACGCACCAAAUACAUAACUAAAAAUGAUUUUAGGUUCCAAUUUUACAGAAUUACAAGAAUUUAAUAGCAUCCAUUUCGGAUCCUAGUUAUCAGAAUAUGGAAAACUCCUUGACCAACAUAACGCACACUCAGAAUAUCACCAUCCUGGACAUCAUUGUCAACCACAAAGUUCUCCCAACU